UUUUUUGUUUAUUUUUAUCAUUCUUUUUCCUUUUUUUUUAUAUAUAUAUAUAUAUAUAUAUUUAUAUACACAUAUAUACAUAUAUGAUGAAGCUUAGUCUUAUUGCAACUGCAUUAUUAGUAGCUACUUUAACAAAUGCAAAGCCACUUUUUUAUCAAGCUCCUGACAAUGUUUUAGCACCUUUGUAUGUAUCUCCUGAAGCAGAAGUGAUUCAAGAUUCUUAUAUUGUUGUCCUUAAAAAUGAUUUAAAAUCUCAUGAAAUAAAAGAACAUGCUGAAUGGAUUAGCGCCCUUACUAGUUCUAUUCAAAUCAAGGAUGAAGAUUGGUUAAAUCCUCACAUUACAAAGGCUGGUAUUCGUCAUGUUUAUGAUACCCCUUAUCUUAAAGGUUACUCGGGUAAAUUUGAUAAACAAAUAUUAGAAGCAAUUCGUCAAUCAGAUGAUGUUGCCUUUAUUGAACAUGAUUCUAUGGUAUAUGCUAAUGAAUUACAACGUAAUGCUCCUUGGGGUCUCUCUCGUGUAUCUCAUAAGGAUCCUUUAACAUUUAAGAAUUAUCAACAAUAUGAAUACAAUUCUCAUGGUGGUGAAGGUGUAAAAGUCUAUGUGAUUGAUACAGGUGUCAAUGUCGAUCAUGUUGAUUUUGAAGGUCGUGCUAUUUGGGGUCAUACUGUACCUAAUGGUGAUGAUGAUAUGGAUGGUAAUGGUCAUGGCUCUCAUUGUGCUGGUACUAUUGCAGGCAAAAGAUAUGGUAUUGCCAAGAAAGCACAACCUGUAGCUGUUAAGGUCUUGAGAUCGAAUGGUAGUGGUACUAUGAGUGAUGUCGUUCGUGGUGUUGACUGGGCUACAACAGCUCAUCUGAAGGAAGCCUCUGCAGCCAGAAAGAGUAACAAGAAAUACAAAGGAGCUGUAGCUAACAUGAGUUUAGGUGGAGGUAAAUCACCUUCUUUAGAUGCCGCUGUCAAUGGUGCUGUAGAUGCUGGUAUCAUUUUUGCGGUUGCGGCUGGUAACGAUAACCGUGAUGCUUGUAAUUAUUCUCCAGCAGCAGCAGAGAAUGCGAUUACAGUAGGUGCAUCCACGAUUGCAGAUGAAAGAGCUUACUUUUCUAACUAUGGCCCAUGUGUGGAUGUCUUUGCUCCUGGUUUAAAUAUUCUUUCUGUCUGGAGAGGAAGUAAAUAUGCAACAAAUACGAUCUCUGGUACUUCAAUGGCAUCACCUCAUGUUGCCGGUCUUGCUGCUUACUUUUUAAGUCUUGAAGAAGAAGCAGUUACACCUAAACAAAUGAAAGAAAAGAUCCUUAAAUUAGCAACUAAGGGUAUCUUGGAUAAAAUUCCUGAUGAUACACCUAAUUUACUUAUUAACAAUGAUUCUGGUGAAAAGGAUUUGAAGAAAAAAUUAUCUGAAGCUGUUGAUAACGUGGAUGGUGUCUUGAAGAAAUUUUUCGGUGAUAUCUAAAUACAGGUGAAAAGGAAUAGCUUCUUAUGUACAUUCUAUUAUUCAUGUGUUCUUUUAUUUAUGUAUAUGACGUUUAUGAUAUUUAACUUGCUACCUUUUUUUUUUUCUUUUAUUUUAUUUUCUUUUCUUUUCUUUUCUUACACACACACACACACACACACUUGAUUUGGACUAGCUUUUUAUAUUAAACUGUAUACUUUAAAGCAAAAAAUAAUGUUGUUGUACUUGUGAGAAAAAUACUGUUAAAUGCCAAAUUUCUCAUUUUUUAUAUAAAUGCAUAUAUAUAUGAUAUCAUGAGAAUAAAACUUAAAAGUAUGAUUUGGUCAGGUACAUAUCCUUUCAAAAUAG